CAGAAAUCACUUUGUCCUCAUGUGAACUUCUUAGAAUUGAAGCUCACCACUGAGUUUGUUUCAAACCACAAUAUUAGCAUGUCAUUAAAUUCAGUAUAUAUAACCACAAAAGGAGAGAGACCAUCAUCUACUCAUCUCUACCUUCACUUCUUGUCCUCCACUUUGGAAAAAGGACUCACAGCCAUGAAGAUCCUUCUCCUCCUUACCUGCCUUGUGACACUGGCUCUCGGAAGGGAGAAGGAAGAAGUCAGUGUAUCUGCUGAGACUUCAGAAAGUCUUUCAAGCAGUGAGGAAUCUAUUACACAUAUCAAGCAGAAACUUCAAAAGGUUAAACAUGAGGAACAGCAGCAAAGGCAGGAACGCCAGGACAAAGUCCUCCCCUUCGUUGUGCCAGUGCCCCAGGCUAUGGUCUAUGAGACCAUGCCCUACCCUGUCCUCGCUCCAAACUUCCUGCCAGUAGCUCAGCCUCCCGUGGUGCCCGCUGUUGUUCCUGUCCUUCAACCUGAAAUAAUGGAAAACCUCAAGGCUCAGGAGACCUCCAUCCCCAAAAGGAAGCCGAUGCCCUUCCUGCCAUCUCCAACACCGCUGCCCGACAUUGGCCCUCAGAUUCCAAACCAGCCCCUUCUCGUGCCUCAGCUCCAGCCGGCGGUGCACCAGGUCCCGCAGGUGAUCCUGCAGCCUUUCCCUCAGGUGGCGCCUCUGGUUCCUGCGCAGCCGCAGCUGCUCUCUGUGGAGCCCACAGUUCCGCGCGCUCCCCAGCACGUGCAGCCCACCCAGGGGCUGCAGCUCUACCGGGCUCUGCAGCCUGUGACCGCACUGCACGCCCCUGCGACUCAGCCCCUCGCCCAGGACUAUGCACACGUCAUCGUAAGUCUGUGUUCAUGUGCUUUGCACUCGGCUCGAGGCAUGUACAUGGUCGUAGAACAAGUGAGCUAG